GACAUCAGGAAACAAAUAAUAAGAGUAACCGAACGAUUUAUAUACAGAGUGUAUAAAAAGUACUGGGACGUAAAUCCGGAUGAGAUAGUUACAAUAAUGUGGCCGAAUUCAACACAUGAAGCAGAAUCAGAAUCAGAUCUAGAACAAGAACUAGAAUCACAGCUAGAAACUGGCUUGGCAGAGAAUCUUCCCCACCACACACAUAGGAUCCGCCGGCUCGGUCGAUCUGUGAGGACCAUGCACUCCAGCGAUGUGAACUCGGUGAUAGAUUUGCCAGAGAAUUUCCCCCACCACGCACGCAGGAACAACCGGCUCGGUUUGUCCAUGUGGACUACGCGCUCCAGUGAUGUGAACUCAGUGACGGGCUUGCCACAGAAUUUCUCCCACCACACACGCACACACAGCCUUUCUGUGCCAGGUCUAUCUGUGUUGACUACGCGCUCGGCAAUCGUCCUCGCGCCAAGCGAGAGAGAGAAUAUCAUUCCCUCCUUCUCGUUCUUGUGUUCGCUCAACGAUGUGAGCGAGAAUAUCUCUCCCUCUUCCUCGCUCUCGCUCAACAACGCAAGCGAGAAUACUAUCUCUUCCUCUUUCUCGCUUUCGUUGCCGCUCAGCGACGCUGAAGCUAAUACUAUCUCGACCAUAAUCGGAAUCGCGGACGCGGUUAUAACGAUACUGGGAAGUUCUUCCCAUUCGGCACGCCGAAAUUAA